AUGCCGUUUGGGCUCAAGAACGCCGGGGCCACGUAUACCCGAAUGGUGGCCCGAUUGUUUCAGCACCUGCUGGGAAAAUCGAUGGCCGCGUACGUCGACGACAUGCUCGUCAAGAGCCGAGAGGAGAGCAAACACGCAGGGGACUUGGCCGACUGCUUCAAGGAGGGCGAGCCCUUGUUUCUGUACUUAGCCGCCUCUCGCAAGGCGGAGAGUUCGGUAUUGGUCCGAGAGGAAGAGCGAGUCCAGCACCCGGUUUACUACGUAAGCCGGUCUCUGAAGGCUGCCGAGUCAAGUGUUUUGCGAAACCCAUCGUCGUCCGGCCGCCUGGUAAAAUGGGCCGUAGAACUAACCCAAUAUGGGAUUGAAUACCAGCCCCGGCCCUCCGUGAAGGGUCAGGCCUUGGCUGAUUUCUUGGUCGAAUGCACCGCGAGUGAGGAAGAAAAGGAACGCGCCGUGGAGAGCUACCUAGGCGAAUGGUGGGAAAUGCACGCGGACGGAGCCUCGAGUCGACAGCACUGCGGAGGAGGUGUUGUGCUCAUCACCCCCGAAGGGUUCCGACUGUAUUAUGCCCUGAGCUAUCUGUUCCAAGCCUCCAACAACGAGGCCGAGUACGAAGCUGUGUUAAACGACCUCCGACUCGCCAGGGCCUUAGGGGUCGAGAGGUUACGAAUCAAGACUAACUCUAAGUUAGUAGUCGGGCAGAUCUCAGGCACAUGCGAGGCAAAGAAUGCCCGGAUGACUCUAUAUAGAGAACGCGCGGUUGAGAUGCUAAAAGAAUUCGGAGCCUACGAAAUAGAGUAUAUAUCUCGAACGGAUAACAUAGAAGUUGACAUAUUGUCCAAGAUUGCCUUGGAAGGAGUACUGGACCACCUGGUAAAAAUCUGUCAGAAAGAGGAGCUAAGCCGGCCAAGCAUCGAAGAAGCACCGCUAAGGGUCCAGCAAGUGACUGGCGAGGAAUGGGACCGAGAGAAAAAUCCUGAGAUGUUCUGGAUAGAGGACAUCCGGCGAUUCGUAGAAAAAGGCGAGUUACUGGAAGACCCGGGAGUCGCCGCGAGGGUUCGACGAAAGGCCCCCUCUUUCCAGAUCGUUGAUGGGCAGUUAUAUAAACGGUCGUUCGGAGGACCUUUGUUAAGAUGUUUGCUCAGGCCCGAGGCAGAGAAAAUAAUGGACGAAGCCCAUAGAGGCAUCUGUGCCGCGCACCAGGGUGCCCACAAUCUCGCUCGGAAGUUAGUCGUCCAAGGAUAUUAUUGGCCCACCAUGAUGCGAGACUGCAUUGAAUGGAUAUCCAAGUGCGGCGUUUGCCAGGCAUUCGCCAAGAAAGAUACUCGGCCAGCUACUUUUUACACGCCGGUCACCACCGCUAUCCCAUUUGCCAAGUGGGGGAUUGAUUUGCUGGGCCCGUUGCCAGUCGCCCCCGGAGGUUUGAAGUUCUGUGUCGUAGCUAUCGACUACUUCACCAAGUGGGUCGAGACGGAACCACUGGCCACCAUCACCGAGUACCAAUGCCGACGUUUUUUAUGGAAAAGGGUAAUUAGCCGCUUCGGCCUGCCCGAGCACAUCGUUAGCGACAACGGACGACAGUUCGAUUGCCAGGCAUUCAUCGACUUCUGCCGCCGACAUGAAAUUCGCCACACUAAGGUGUCGGUAGCAUACCCACAAGCCAAUGGACAAGUCGAGAAUGUGAACCGAACGCUAGUGGAUGGAAUUCGGAAGAAAUUGGAAGACAUUCGAGGGAAUUGGGCGGAUGAGCUUGACCGAGUCCUAUGGGCUUAUCGCACCACCCAACGACGAGCAACGGGAGAGAGUCCGUUCUCCCUCGCGUAUGGCUUUGAGGCCAAGGUUCCAAUUGAGGUGGUCGAGCCCACCCACCGGAUAUCGUGA